AAUUGCUGUUGGUGCUCGAUCGUCGCGAGUGGGAUAAAUACGAGAGAAUAGAGUAUGUUGCAGAGAUGUGCCUACAGCCUCGGCCAUGGAGUCGCAAAAACAGGAUCACGAGCGGCCUUUUCGCUCAUGUCCAAUGAACCCAAAGAACCCAAGAUAUCCUCGUCCGAAAUACCCGGACCCAAAUCGAAGAAACUUCUAGCCGAACUAGAUGCCGUUACACAAAGCUCGGCCGUUCAAUUCUUCGCCGAUUACGACAAAUCCAUAGGCAACUACAUCGCAGAUGUUGAUGGGAAUUAUUUCCUGGACAUAUUCAUGCAAAUCUCCUCCAUGCCCAUCGGCUACAACCAUCCCUCCAUGCUCAAUGUUUUCAAAGACGAGAGAAAUCUAAAAGCGUUGGUGAACCGUCCGGCAUUGGGCUCCUUCCCGGGCGAGUACUGGCCGCAGAAGCUGCGCCAGGUGCUCAUGUCGGUGUCGCCGGGCCUGCCCAACGUCAUGACGAUGAUGUGCGGCUCGUGCUCGAACGAGAACGCCUACAAGUGCCUGUUCAUGUCGUACCGGCGGCGGCAGCGCGGCGACGACGCCGCCUUCACCGCCGAAGAGAUGGCCUCGUGCAUGGUCAACCGGCCGCCGGGCGCGCCCGACUUGGCGCUGCUGUCGUUCCAAGGCGCCUUCCACGGGCGCACCAUGGGCACGCUGUCCACCACGCACUCCAAGGCCAUACACAAGCUCGACGUGCCGGCGUUCGAUUGGCCGGCGGCGGCGUUUCCGAAGUACAAGUACCCCUUGGAGGAGAACUUUCGGGAGAACAAGGCCGAAGACGACAAGUGCCUCGCCCACGUCGAGGAAUUAAUGCAGGAGUUUAGCAAAAAAGGACGCCCUGUCGCCGGUAUAAUAGUCGAGCCUAUUCAGUCCGAGGGCGGCGACAACGAGGCCUCUCCCUAUUUCUUCCAGCAGCUACAGCGCGUAGCCAAAGCGCACGGGGCCGGUUUGUUGAUGGACGAGGUGCAGACCGGCGGCGGCCCCACCGGUAAAAUGUGGUGUCACGAGUACUUCGAUUUGGAGUCGCCCCCCGAUAUCGUGACGUUCAGCAAGAGGAUGCUCACCGGGGGAUUCUAUCACAAUUUGGAGCAAAAGCCUCGUGAGGCGUAUAGGAUAUACAACACGUGGCUGGGAGAUCCGGGGAAAUUGCUGCUGUUGGAGGCGUUCUUGGAGGUGCUGAAGCAACAGAAUCUACUGGACCAAGUGAAUUCGGUGGGGGCCAAAUUGAAAUCGGGUUUGCACGAUUUCGAACGGGAGCGUCCGGAGCUGUUGAAUUCGGUGCGAGGUAGAGGGACUUUCCUGGCCGUUAACGCUUCGACCGCGGAAAUCAGGGACAAAAUCAUCGGGGGGCUGAAGAAAAAAGGUAUAUUAGCAGGAGGAUGUGGCGAGCAAGCCAUUAGGUUCAGGCCGUCUCUCACGCUCGAAGAACGACACGUGGAAAUAUUCUUGGAUCGCUUCGGACAGGUUUUAAACGAUCUAAAAUAAUCGAAUCUAGAUAAAUUUUCGUUCCACAAGCUGCCUCGAUCAUCUAUCGAUAUAAUUCUGUCUGAAACCCAGUAAUUAAUAGAUCCUUGAAAUGUAUCUAAUCGAAAUGUACACGGAGACAAGCAAUGUUAAUUAUAUAAUAUUAUAAAACAAACUAUACAUAUUUCCUUCUUGAAAUAAAUCGUA